UAGAUAAGCAAAAAACAAAGUUUGUUUCUCUUCUCUUACAUAUAAGAGCAACCUUCUCCAACAAGUUCUGAUGGCUCAAUUUAUCAAAAGAAAGAAAAAAGUCUUGAAGGCUCAGUUGAUGGGUUUCAUCUUUGGGCUUUCAACAGGUAUAACAUUUUUAUAAUUUAAGUAUUAUUUUCUGUUACUGACAAAUGAUACUUGAAAAUUAUUUUCGGUUAUGGUUAUCUGACCAACCCAAAUGAUUGGAUGCGAUUAGAUUUAGUUAAAAUUCAGUUGAAUCGGAAAAAAUGUUUGGUGGAUUGGAUCGCAUUUCGUUAAAAUUCAGUUGGGUCGAGAAGUUUGGGUUGGAUUGGCUGUGAUUUCAUUAAAAUUAAUUCAGUCGACGAAUUUGGUAAUGGAACUGGUUUAUGAUAUAUCAAGAUAAGAGUGGUAUUAAUUGAAACGUAUUUAUUUUAAUAUUUCAAGAAAAGAGUUUAAUAUAAACAAAGCAGUGUAAGAAAAACCGUGUGCUGGGACAGAUUGCAAAAAGAACAAGUUUUUUUAUAUUUUAUAGUUUAAUAUAAACAAUGAUCCAUGUCUUUGACACCUUAACAGAGACCCAUUUCAUUCUUUAUCCUCUUUUAAGAAAGAGAACCCAAAACCACCAUAACUGUAGCACAUCGGCGUAACCAUAUUCAGAGAACCCAAAACCACCAUAACUGUAGAACAUCGGCGUAACCAUAUUCUUUCUUCUUCAUCUCCUUCUCCGCAAAGACCAUAACAGAGAUGGUUUCAACUCCAUCAUCAAUGUGGCCAUCCCUCCCACCAGAAAUCCUUGAAGAGAUUGCGAUGCGUCUGGAGAGUCGUACGGACAUCCUCCAUCUACGCGCUGUUUGUACCGCUUGGCGUGCUUCAAUCCCUCUUCCAUCAAAAAACCCCCACAACCUUUCAUUUUCAAUCGCUUCCAACAAUUGGGCCAUUAGCGGUCACUUUCUAGUUAGAGAGAGAACUGUCUAUUGUAUACAACCUUUGAAAAAGAUUUCAAGCUUUUUCACCAACAACAACAACAACAACAACUGGCUUGUCAAUAUUGAAGAGAGAGACUUUGGGAAAGUUCGUGCCACGGCCCCUUUUUCCCUAUGCAAAAUCAUACCAAAUUGGGAUAAGUUCAGUAUGAUUGGUGGGCUAUCCAAGAAGGUGAUCAACUUAUUGGAUUAUAAGGUGAGAGAAGUUGGUAAAUCGUACUAUCUUCUAUUUAAUCUUGACUUUUUUAAAAAUGUUGUUGUGGGUCGUUGUAACAAUGAAGAUGGGUUUUGGGUCAUGUUUAUUCAUUUUGGGAAAUUGAGAUUUUGGAAAAUGGGUGAUGAGAAAUGGACACAAGUUGAUGAUGGGAGCGGACAAUCUAAUUAUGUGCAUAUUGCUCUUCACAAUGGAACAAUAUAUGCUGUGGAUUACACGGGACUGACUAUAGCUGUUGAUCCUUUGUCUUUGGAGGUUACUCAAGUUGCUUCUCAUCCAUAUUUGGGUUUCCAUAAGUACUUGGUGAAUUCACUUGGGGAUCUAUUUCUGAUUGAUAAGGUUGAAGACUCUUCUGGUGGUGGAGAACCUUGUUUGAAAGUUUACAAGCUUGAUGAAAAGAGAGGCGAAUGGAUUCCUGUGAAUAGCUUGGGGGAUCAGGUAAUAUUGUUGAUGGGAUCUGGUUGUUGCUGCUCUGUUUCAGCUAAAGAUUUUGGUGGAUUGAGGAGGAACUGCGUUUAUUUCGGUGAUCAUUACUUCCGUGAUGUUCAAAAUGAUUUCCCAAGGUGGCCUGUUGGCUUCUUUGACUUCGAGUACAAUGUUGUUCAGCCCUUGAAAUCUGUUGAUAUCAAAAUUUUCUUGCCUAAACCAGCCUGGCUUUCGUGAAGACCAAGUUGAAAGGAAGAAUAUUAUCUUUGAAUUUUCGACCCCUGAAAUCUGUUAGAUUGGAUUCUGUUUCUAAUGCAUUAGUAUUGAUGCGCCUUUGUUAGCCUUAAACAUAACGUGGAGUAACAUGUUUCAUGAGCUGCAUUUCAACCAUUUUAUGUUGUUUGGCAUUUCAAUAGCUUGAUGAUAUUAUUUUAUAUUGUUUCGGAUUGGGUUUGGGGCUGAUGUUAGUUCAAAGUAAGCAGUUGAUAAUACUUUGUUCAUAGUUCAGUUACUAAGCUUAUCUUAGUUCUUGUGGCUUCCAAAGAAAUACAGUGCAAGCUUAUCUUAGUUCUUGUGGCUGCCAAAGAAGCACAGUGCAUUGUGUUAACAGCUUCUUAUGACUGUUUCAUUUGUAUCUUGUAUGUCAGAAUAUCUAAUUAUAACUAUUAUAGUUGGCCUUCCUUUUA